AAAUGUCGUCUUUUUCUUCGUGCUCUUCGCCGUUGUUGCUUUUUAAGAGCAAAUCUUUCCGUCGACCUCGUAACACAUCGGGCUCGCCAACGAGAACGUUGGGUUCUCCGGACGGUGCGGCCGCCAGCAGAGGCCCGGGACCUUCGUCGUUGUCGUCGUCGUCGUCGGAAUGCGAUCCGCCGCACAGGUUGCGACGCGUCUUUACCACUCACGCGUGCCGCAGGCGUCCGGCCGAGGUGAAAUCGUUGGGCCCCAUUGCCGGCCACGCGUCGCCCAUCCAAUUUCGGCGGAUGACUUCGCUGAUGAAGAAACCGCUGGGCAUUGCUCACUCGGUACCUCUCGGCGUACCGUUGAACUUCAACAGUUCGUCGUCGUCGGACCUGGUCUCUCGGCGAGGAGCAUUCAGCCGGCGCCAUUACGGAUCGGUGGAACUGCUGCCACAAACCGAAACGGAAAGCGGGGAUUCGAUGAAGUGCCGUCGAUUUCGACUGGAGAACGGUGAAGGAGUCGGAGACAGAGAUGAAGUCUACAACUCACCGACGACGCCCGUCCUGGAGAACCCGGAGUACCAGACGCGCUGGUAUUUCAAAUAUUUCCUUGGCAAACUGCACCAGAUUUACGUCGGCACGGACCACGAGAAACAGCCGUUCUUCCUCUCCGUCGUCCUCACCGAUUCCAACAAUCAGGGAGCACCGCAAUACAAGGCCAUCCUCUGGAAGAAAACGGGAGCUCAGAAAAUCUAUCUGCCGCACACGCCCGGUCGGCCAUUGAACGUCAAACAGAUAUUGAGCAAUUUCCAGAACAUGGACCGUCUAGAAAAGAGCCCCAAAGAGGUUGUUUCUCCUGAACUACAAAAGAGCUUAUUGCUGUUGGAAGAACAAGAAGGUUCGGUCAAUUUCAAAUUCGGUGUCCUUUACGCCAAAGCUGGACAAGCCUCCGACGAUGAAAUGUUUAGCAAUGAGCGCGGCAGCAAAGAGUUCGAACGUUUCCUGGCCAUCCUGGGCAACAAGAUCCGUCUCAAAGGCUGGGACAAGUACCGCGGCGGCCUCGAUGUCAAAGGGGACAUGACGGGGGCCUAUUCGGUGCACACCAUCUACGAAGGGCACGAGAUCAUGUUCCACGUCUCAACGCUGCUGCCCUACUCCAAAGAUAACAAGCAACAAUUGGAGAGGAAAAGGCACAUCGGCAACGACAUCGUCAACAUCGUCUUCCUCGACGGCACGCCCGAAGAGAUGGCCGCCUUCUCUCCCAACUGCAUCAAAUCUCAAUUUACACAUAUCUUUGCAUUGGUGACGUAUUUGCCGGGCGAGGACGCCUACCGGUUCCACAUUUAUUCGGAAGAGUCGGUGCCCCUUUUCGGUCCAUCGUUGCCAUCGCCGCCCAUCUUCCCCAAAGUGCCCGAUUUCCGUGAAUUUCUACUCGUCAAACUCAUUAAUGGCGAAAAGGCCGCGUUCAACACGCCCAUCUUUUCGCAGAAACGCGAACGCACGCUGGACAUGCUCAUCAGGGACAUGUACGCAGAGGUUAUGACAGAACAUCGUGGGAGCCUACAAAGAAGAGCGCUGAGCGAAGUGCUGCCGGAAGGUGGUCGGAGUUCGCGACGGCGAGAAGAGGCCCGUCAGGUGGAGUUUGUCCGAGUCGGCCAAGCCCUGAAACUGGACACGAUCGUUAAAGGGGACGCGCCCACCAGUCUGGCCAAUACCGGACUCUUCCGACGUUCGCCUUGGGAGCCGCAGUGCUUCUAUCCGGAUUUCCACUACGAGAUCAUCUGCGGCGACUCGUGGUCCGAUCACCGUCUCAUCUUGGCCACCGAAUCGGGCGUCUUUGUCGUCGAAGAGGGAGGUACCUGUCGCAUGAUAUUCGACAAGUCGGUUCAGAUCAAACAGCUGACUGUCGUCGAAGCUCACGGCAUCCUGUUGGUGCGCACCGAUCGCGGAAGAGACAGCCGCAUGCACGUUUUCCGCUUGUCCAGCUUCGAAUCGGACGCCUGCGGAUCAGAACCGGCCGCUUUCAGCCGCCAGCAUUUGAAAGAGCAGCGUCUGGAACGAACAAAAGGCACCCACCUGUACGCUGUUUCCAGACUGGGCGGAUCUCAUCUUCGGAUGGCGGUAGCUGUCGGUAAAAAAAUCCUUUUACUUCAAUGGCGCCAUUCGGCAGCCUGGACGGCCUGGUGUCCGACCAGCGAUACAGACACAGUCGAAGGCUUUCAAUAUUUAAGGGAGUUCCAGGUGAGCGAGUCGCCGUUGGUGCUGACGCUCAUCGAUUCCGGCAAUUGCUACUCGGCCGGCGGCCAAGGUGAAAAUCAAAUUUGCGUCGGCUACCGGCACCAAUUCGACAUGAUUAACGAGCGGACCAGCGAAACGAGACGAUUCUACAAUGUCGAAGGCAAAUGGGCCCAUCUGGUGGCCGCCAUCGACGUCUACGAGGACGAAGAACCCGAAUUGCUCCUCUGUUUCAACAAUACGUGCCAUUUUCAAAAAUUGGACGAAAUCAAUGCGUCCAGUGAACACGAUUUUCAUUGGAAUUCUGUGCCCGAAAGUAUAGUGUGCGCGUUCCCGUACAUUUUGGCUUUUACGGCCGAUUCGAUCGAAGUCCGACUGGUCAUCAACGGGAAUUUGAUCCAGGCGAUGGUGAUGCCCAGGUUGUCGCUCAUCACCUCCAAGAGCGACGUCUUCUUCGCCACGACGGCGCCAGAGUUCUUCAGCCUGCGAGGUACACGCAUGGAUCGCAUGGAUCACAAGGACUCGUCUCCGCCCACGUCGCCUCACUCUUCACCUGAUGGCAAACCCUUCCGGCUGUAUCGGAUCCAAUUGAACAAUCUCGGUGGCGGAUCGGCGAAUAAUUGCACAGCGACGCCCGUCUCCACCACGCCCAUUCCAGCCAGAAAUAUGAGCCGAAGGUAUCUAAUGGAUGACGUUACGGCGUCACCGCCUCCGGCCGGUCGGGGCGGUGUGUCUCGAAUGGCGCGAUUGAACAGCCGAAAAGAUUUGCGCAUCCGGCUGGAACAGCAAGGUGGAAGCGGAGGAGCCGGAAGUAAUCCAGGAAGUCCCGGGGCGAGUUCCAACAGCUCGCGAGGUGCCGGAAGUGGGACGGGAUUUAGCCGGAGCUGCACGGCGUCGCCAACGACGGGGUCGACGUCACCCAACGCGCCGUCGUCGCCGCGCUCGUCGUGUUCCGGCUCGCCGAAAACGCGACCGCCGCAAGGCAACGCGGGACUCGGGAGCCGGAAACUGAGCCUGAUGGCCGAGGAGCUGGAAGGUAUGCGUCACGUCUAUCUGAGCCCACCGCCCAGCCCAAAACUCUUCUUCAACAUCAAUCCGCAGAAUACGUGGGAGGCUUUCAAAUAGUUUUCUUUUUCAACAUUUCUUAUCGUUCCAGGCUAAGACACAAAAACAGUCUGUCUCGUUCUUGAAAACGAGAAGAUAAACCACCCCUCUCGGAAACUUCACUUAUGUUUUGUCGUUUGUUUUUUUUUUUUUUUUUAA